AUGGUCUCUUCCAAACAGCGAAAGAACAUGAACGUGGCGCCACUUCCGGACGCGACUGAGGCAGCAACCCCCCGUGUCAACCAACAUCUCCCGAGUCAAGCAGGUUUGGAGGCCUCAAUUGCAUAUAACAUCGAAACUGCCAAUGGUAUGGAAUUGCAAGUUGCGCUCUCGGCCGCUCUUCGCAAGCAAGAACAACUUGGCUUGAACACCGUCACCAUAGAUUCCCCACAAUUCGAAGUUGCUAUAUUACGGUCGGCUUUAGCUGAGUCCCAACAAAGAGAGCAAGCUUUGGCUGCGCGUCUGAGAGAUCUGGAGCCUUUUCGCAAGAAAUGCCACCUCUUGAAGACGAUUCCCAUUGAGGUACGACGAGAAAUUUACAAGUACUUGCUUAUAAAUCCUAUCUUGGGUUCAAUUAAGUCGUUGCACAACCGUGAGGGGAGCGCUCCUGGAUUAUUCGGUGAGGGGGCUGCCAAAUCCAGUUACAGAAAGCGUUAUGGCCUUCACCCAGCUCUUUUACGGACAUGCAAAGCGGUAUACGGAGAAGCAGCCACCAUUCUUUACGAAUCGAACACGUUCUUCUUCCAAUCUCUUUCGAACGAGAAUGUUUUGUGCCCUCUUUUCCGCAACAGCCCUGAAAUGCCCCUUCAAUAUAGUUUCAGCCGCUUGCGUCUGCCUUUUCCGGGACAACGCCUCACUGCUGGUCACUUUGAAGGUGUUUUCAAGAAAAUCAAGCAUUGGAAAGUAACACUGUCUUCACACAAAGGUUGGGAAGCAUCCUGUCCUUCCCAUGGACUGGUCUAUCUUUGCAGAAUGAUCUGCGAUUCAUCUCCAAAAUCGCUACACGUUGAGUUUGUGCCUUGUGGAUCGCUCACGAUACCAACCUUUCCGGAUAUUCCCCGCCAAUACAAAGCCAGCAGAAUGCUACAGCCACUGCUUUGGCUCCGAAAUCUUUCCGAAUUUACCGUUACGCAUCUCCCCGACAAUGAGACAUCUUCUUACGAAUGGUGGUAUUCGCCUCUGCUAGUGCGAUUUCGCACUUUUCACAAGGUAGAUCUACCCAAGGACCUCGUGGCAAAGUUGAAGUUCAUUGUCCAAAGCAAUACACCAGUCGUGCGAGUCUUUAAGAUGUAUCAACGUCUGUUGGACUAUACCCGAGCAUUUGAGAGGAUUGAAGAAGCCCGAAGAAAAAUGGACCCGGAAUAUGGCUUGCUUAGCAGCCCUCCAUCCUAUUUGGGAUCAAAGGUGGCGCCGUCCGUAUUGUUCACACACAUCGAUCAACCUGGCUUUUCCCUUCGUUCUGUGAAAUCACAACUCGAGUACGCAGCCACUGCCAGCGAAGAAAAUAACGUUGAGGUUUUCAACCGUGUGCGCCACAUCAUCCUUGAAGUUCUAGAACCUCAAUAUCAACGUAUCGCUGCUGCAGCAGAGAGCAUGUCUUCCUUUGUCAAAUCUGAGAAGCGCUGCAGUGGUCUAUUUGGACCCGUGUCAAGGUUUGCCUUUUUCUUCGAUCUUAGCGAUAAAUGCUUGAUACCUGACGGGUUGGUUGAGAUUUACCGGUAUGCCAAGACUUUUGAGCGGGAUCUAAGUCUUGAGGAGCAGAAGCACAAACUCUCGGAUAUGAAACGAUGGAUGGCAGGGUUUGCAAAGCUUCCUCGGGAAAUUCUCUUGCAUCGGCUGGAGCUAGAGAUGUACCAAAGAAGUCAUGAGUUGAUCAUUACAUCUCUCAUGAAGGAGAUCAUUGAUGAUAUGGAUAGUCAGUACCUACAAAUCCGCAAAUUCAGGAUGGCUGUGUUCGACGAAGAUCCUCCUGGGCUACAAUACAUCUUCGACAAGGAACUGUGGUUCGAGAGACACAGGUGCGACGAUGCGAUCAAUUGGACAGUAGAAGAACCUUGUCUUACUCCAAUCGAGGGUCCCAAGAUUGUUCAGUUCGAAGGAUCGCAGGGUGCACUCCCGAAUCGAGACGAUCCCGAUGACGUAGAAGGCGUUGGGUAUCACAUUGAUAUGGACAAUCACGAUGAGCAAGCCACUGGUCAAGGAGAUAACGAAAUGUGA